UGUAAAUAGAUGAAAUGCAAUGCAGUGAGGCAAUGCUGCCUGAAUAGGGUGUCACCUAAAUCUAAAAGAGUCUUCUCAGCCAAUCAAACACAACCUCACUUAUGAAGAGUUUAAUACGUACAUAAACGUUUCCAUUGAGCCAAGACACAGACGUAAAGCUGACACCUUCAAAGAUGGUCACAUUGGGUCAGGUAGUUCUACUUCUCUGGGAAUGCGUUCAUGUGAUAGAGGUGACACAGUCUUCAGCCAUACUUCCGGACAGUCAUCUCAAGUCCGUCGCUGUUGGAGACACAGUGACUCUUUACUGCUUCUACCAAGACUUUACGGCAACGCAAUUUUUUUCUUGGUACCGGCAAACCCUAGGAGAUGAACCACAGCUGGUAUCUACAGUGUAUAAGUAUAAUCAAAAAGCUACACUGCACAAUGAGUUUAAGGACAAUCCUCGCUUCUCUGUGCAAUGUGAUAAAGGAACAAAUCACCUGACAAUCUCAGAUGUCCAACCUUCAGAUUCAGCUAUGUACUUCUGUUCUAAAACAUACGUUAAUACACUGGAAUUUGCUGAUGGUGUCUUCCUCAAUGUAAAAGGUCCAGUUUCCAAUACCAAAGAAGUUGUCCAGCAGCCAGUUUCUGAGUCCAUCCAGCCAGGAGACUCUGUUACUCUGAACUGUACAAUACACACUGAGACCUGUGCUGGAGAACACAAUGUCUAUUGGUUCAGACAUGGGUCAGGAGAAUCCCGUCCAGGAAUCCUUUACACCCAUGGAGGCAGGAGUGAUCAGUGUGAGAAGAGCCCUGAGGCUGGGUCUCCUACACAGAGCUGUGUCUACAACCUCCCCAAGAGGAACCUCAGCCUCUCUGAUGCUGGGACUUACUACUGUGCUGUGGCCUCAUGUGGGGAGAUACUGUUUGGAAAUGGGACCACACUGAACAUUGAAGAGAGCAUCCCAGAUCUGCUUCUCAUUGUGUACUUAUUGGGUGCAGCAUCAGGAAUCUUGUUAAUGUUGAUCAUUGUGCUGACCUGCUUUGUAUUUAAAAUAAACAGGAAACAAUGUCCUCUCUGCAGAGUCUCUCAGACAACACGUUCAAUCUCUCCUGAAUACAGAGAGGGCCAAGAUGCAGAAAACCUCCAUUACGCUGCUCUGAAUCUGAAGAAGAAAAGCAAACCCAGAAGAGAGAGAUAUAAGGUGAAGAGAGACACAGUCUACUCUGGUGUUAGAGAAUAGACCUGGGAGAGGAAAGCUGCUCUGAUGUGUUUAUUGCUGGCUUCACAUUCUAUACAGAUAAUGCCAGUAUUCAGAAUAAUAUCGAGUGAUGUACUCUUGUUCUUCAUGUUUAUAUGAACAAAGCUUUCUAUUACAUUAAACAUACUUUAAUGCCAUGAAUCUGUGUGUGUGUGUGUUACUGUGGCCUCAAAGACGUGCUGUAAAGCAGUUGUUUGUAACGUUGUUUAUAAACUGUAGAAAAAG